AUGGAUGUUCAGCGGGCUUUGACAGAGACAUAUGAUACAUUGGACCAAUGGAUGGUGUGGUCCCUUUUGGAACUACAAUUGGGCAAGUUCUUGGACUGCGACCCGUACGGCGUGCCUUUUGAGGGGGGCUGGAAGGGAGCUGUAGCUGGCCCUUGGAAGGGUGUGCUGGUCUGUUUUAAGGGCGAUGAGAAAUACGCCCAAAGAUCGCUGAAAUUGGUGCAAUCAUGGGUCAGCCAUGGUGUCUGUGCCUUUUGUGAUGCUUCAUCUUCAGGAAACCUGAUAUACACCAAGUUUGGUCCUGCUGCCCCCCAUCGAAUGACAGUCAAAAGCCAGGAGGCUUCCUAA